AUGGCUGACUUGGAGCUGUAUAACCUCGACGAAAAGAUACGGUGGGGCGAUGAAAUAGAGCGUCAGAUACAGCGCGAAGCUAGAAGGGACGCAGACAGACAGCGCGCAAUGAUGCGGCAGCCCUUUCUCGAGGAGCGCCUACUCACGGACGAUAAUCCGCCCAACUGCACGCUGGCGGCGUUCAAGCAGCCGCGGCUACGCAAGUGUCCUUUUGCGUUUGACCAGCUAUCCUACCUCGACAAAAUAACACAGGACCCCGACCAGGACGCUGGCAAGUGUGACGGUGGCCUGGAUGGCUGGAACUGGAAGGUUGACUUUGAGGGCGCUGUCGGGGGACCGUUUGUCCUAAAGCUAUUUUGGGACUCUGAGCCCCCCGAACCACCAUACUAUUUUGCCGCGCAGCGGGAGUGCCAAAACGCCGCUCUCCUCCAGCAGAUGCAGGAGGCGCUCCGACCCGCGACGGCGGACAAAGGCCCGGUGCGCAUCUUUCCCGUACCGGAGAACAGGGCGGAAGCGCGGGCGAACCUUAUGGCUUUCUGCGACGAGCAGCGUGCGGUGCAGAAGCAGCACGACCGGCACGAGGAUUUCGCAGACGUCACCUCGAUGCCGCGGCUGCGUCGGUGCUACGGCUGGCUGCGGGUGACGGGCGCGCAGCUCCGGGCGGCGGUUCCCCGGCGGCGCUGGCCCGAGUGGGUGGACUGCGGCGAGGUCGUGCGCGGACUGGACCCGGGCACCGACGGGGAGUACCUGGCCGUGGUGUACGAGUAUAUUGAAGAGGGCGACAACGUGGCGGAGACGAUGCAGCAGACGAUUGAUUUUCUGCACGAUGCGGGCUUCCACUAUACUAUUUGCGCCAUGGCGCGCAACUGGAAGAGCUCGAUGCUGGUGGACUUUUCGGACAUAAUCCACGUGGGAGGGAAUGGAUGGUGUAAUGUCAGGUUGUUGGAGGCGAAGCAUAUAUCAGCGGAGGGGUGA